GUCCAAUUUGUUCUACAUUGCCUGGCAACCAGGUAUCAGAGCACCUGACGUACCACGGUUAUAAAUACGUACAUUGUCUCUCUUCCUGACCUCGAGCGCCGUCCUUGCUCUUCUUCUCUCCCUCUCCUCUUCUCUCUCUCAAGUUUUACCACGCUUGGUUUGAACUUGGCACCCUCGAACCUGUUCUCCUACGGCCUACUCCCCAGAAGAACGACAGCUACCAUCCAUCAUGGCCGUUCCCAACAUCAAGCUGAACAGCGGCUUUGACAUGCCCCAAGUGGGCUUCGGUCUGUGGAAGGUUGACAACGCCAUUGCCGCCGACACCGUCUACGAGGCCAUCAAGGCCGGAUACCGUCUGUUUGACGGCGCCUGCGAUUACGGCAAUGAAGUCGAGUGUGGCCAGGGUGUUGCCCGCGCCAUCAAGGAGGGUCUCGUCAAGCGUGAGGAGCUCUUCAUCGUUUCCAAGCUCUGGAACACCUUCCACGAUGGUGAGCGCGUAGAGCCCAUCGUCAAGAAGCAGCUCGCCGACUGGGGCGUCGACUACUUCGACCUCUACCUCAUCCACUUCCCCGUCGCCCUCGAGUACGUCGACCCCUCCGUCAGAUACCCUCCCGGCUGGCACUACGAUGGCAAGACCGAGAUCCGCCCCUCCAAGGCCUCCAUCCAGGAGACCUGGACCGCCAUGGAGAGCCUCGUUGAGAGCAAGCUCUCCAAGAGCAUCGGUGUCUCCAACUUCCAGGGCCAGCUCCUCUACGACCUCCUCCGCUACGCCAAGAUCCCUCCUGCUACCCUGCAGAUCGAGCACCACCCCUACCUCGUCCAGCCUGACCUGAUCAAGCUGGCUGCCAACGAGGGUAUCGCCGUUACCGCCUACUCCUCAUUCGGCCCUGCCUCCUUCAAGGAGUUCAACAUGGAGCACGCCACCGACUUUGUUCCUCUCUUUGAGGAGCCUACCGUCACGGCCAUUGCCAAGAAGCACAACAAGGAGCCUUCCCAGGUCCUUCUCCGCUGGGCUACCCAGCGCGGUCUUGCUGUCAUUCCCAAGACCAGCCGCAAGCACGUCCUUGCCCAAAACCUGUCUGUCACCGACUUCGACCUCGAGCAGUCCGAGAUCGACAAGAUCAGCUCCCUUGACAGGAAGACCCGCUUCAACCAGCCCGCAAACUACUUCCCCACUGAGAAGCUUUGGAUCUUUGGUUAAAUGGGUCACAUUCCACAUCCCAUCCAUCUUGCCUGAUUUAUCGUACUUCAUAACCACCCGCACCACCCCUUUGAGAGCGGCCUUUUGGUAGUCUGCAACUGGCGGUGUGCAUGGGAGCUCUGUCCAACAUGUGUCAAACCACGUACAGCGUACGUCAAUUGUAUCUAGAUACCCUCUCCCUCGGCAAGACUAUGAUCUGCCGCUAAAAUACAACGAAAGCCAUGAACAAGCCAGGUUGGAAAUCCCGCUCGCCCGUGACAUGCAGUGUUUACACACCCAAAGUCAGAAAAAGCCGCCUGCCCAUGAACAAAGCAUCACACCAGGCAACAUGCACAGUGCGGCUUUGUGUAUGUGUGUGUGUGUGUGUGUGUGUGUGUGUGUACCGAGAAUUAUCUCGUGUGGUGAAGAAAG